UACGCACGGUCUAUUCCAUCCUAGUUGCAUCCAAAUUCGAAAUCGGCCGGUCAUGGAGGUCAAUGGGUGCGAUGAACAUCAGAAUGAGGAAAUACUUGCAGAGAGGUGAAGGCGCAUAUGGCAAAGAGUACAGGACCAGAGAGGUCUGCAAUCAACAGCGACUUGUAGCGGUGAAGAAGUUGAACGUACCCGGAGACACGGAGAGUGGGAUUCCUGCUUUCAUGAUCCGGGAGGUGGCGCUCUUGCGUAAGAUCGGGUAUUUCAACCAUCCCAACAUUGUAAAGUGGUUGGACGUAUCUGCUGGUCUGAAGAACAGGAGUUUGGACCUGACGCUGGUGUUUGAGUACAGAGACCAGGACCUAUCUACCUUUCUCACCAUGGUCCCCAGCACUGGACUGAGUCUUGACAAAAUUAAAGGAUGUGGUGGUGCAGCUGCUGCAGGGGCUGGACUUCCUGCACACAAACAUGCUGGUGCACUGCGAUCUGAAGCCAGAGAAUGUACUGUGGUGACACUGUGGUACAGGGGCCCCUGAGGUGCUGCUCCACUCUGGUUAUAUGUCCUCCGUGGACAUGUGGAGCGCCGGCUGCAUUUUUACCAAACUAUUCCUUUUGAUACCAUUGUUCUGUGGAGACGCUGAGGCUCAGCAGCUCCAGAAAAUCUUUGAGUGAGUUUUUUUCUUCUACCGUGCCCUACUUUUGAUCGGUCGUUUAUGAUAAAAGCAUUUGAAUAAUGUAUGAGUUGUGUUUUACCAGUGCCUUGUGUUGGGGGUGUGUCUGUGCUCUUUCCCAUGUCCCACAGGGUGAUUGGCUUGCCCAGCGAGGAGGGCUGGCCCAGGGAGAGCCCCAUCUCCGACACCUGUAGUUGGUGCCCCAGAGACCCCUGCACCCAGCUCUUAUCCAACCUGGGCCAGGAGGAGAACAACCUGCUCCUUCACAAUGUCUAGAGUUCAGCCCGGCCAAUCGCAUCUCAGAGCUUCCAGAGCCCUCUCCCACCCUUUACUGGUGUGCGCCUGAGUACUCACAACCUGGCACGAUGUGGAGAGAAGAAGGGAGAGCUUGGACAGAGGUUCAUUCCUAGCCUAUACAACACUGAGGCUUCCCGUGCCGCAAGAUGUGAUGUACCUAUAUCAAAAUGUAGAAUUUUGGAAUGGAAAUAAAAAGCAAGUGAACAUAUUAAAAAGGUAAAUCUGCAGGUUAAGCAAUAAAGUGGGCAUCCUGCCACUGUUUUGGUAAAAAAAAAAAGUUGAGGGGUGGAAAAAUUGAAUCUC